CAUCUUUCCAGACUCAUCUCUCUCUCUCACUCUCUACGAUGCCUUGUCAUCUUCCUUCGUUCUGAGACGUCCGAUUCUUUCUAAAGAGAAUGAAGAUCCAGUGCGAUGGCUGUAACAGGGAGGAAGCCUCCGUCUUCUGCAGUGCUGAUGAGGCUGCGCUUUGCGAUGGGUGCGACAGACGGGUGCACCAUGCCAACAAGCUCGCUGGAAAGCACCACCGCUUCUCUCUCCUUAACCCUUCUUCCAAAGAUGCCCCUCGUUGCGACAUCUGUCAGGAGAGACGCGCCUUUCUCUUUUGUCGUGAGGACCGGGCAAUCCUUUGUAGAGAAUGUGACCUACCAAUCCACACUGCAAACGAAAUGACGAAAAAGCACAACAGGUUUCUUCUGACUGGUGUCAAGCUCUCUUCCUCUUCAUCUACCUCUACUCCUGCUCAAUUUAAUAACAUGAGCCAGGCCAUAGACAAUGGAAAGAAAUCUGUUUCUUUCGAAACCAAUCUUGCCACAGAGAAAACAUCCACUGAUGCUGCAAGGAGCGAAGAAGAGGCUUGCACAAGUAGCAUUUCUGAGUAUUUGAUCAAGAUGUUGCCCGGCUGGCACGUCGAGGAUUUGCUAGACUCCUCUGCAACAGACGGUCUGUGUAAGACAACAGAUGAUUUGUUUCCAUUUCUGGAUGCUGAUCUUGAAAGCGAUUCGGUUUUUGGUUCCAAUGAUUUGCCGAUUUGGGUGCCACAAGUGCCUCCAUAUCUUUCUGCAGCCAAUGGAAAGCACGGAGCAACAGGAUUCAAGGACUUUAAGGAGAUGAGCAAUCCAAGGGCUGGCAAAAGGUGGAAUGAUGACGGCUUCGAGGUUCCUCAGUUCAAUCCACCAUCUAAGAGAUCCAGGCCUAAUUGGCAAAUUGGAUAAGCAGCAAAACAAAGUACAUGCCUUGAUUUUGCUAUUUCUUUAGAAUGAUUUUCAGUUAGGGACUUCUCUCUCCCAGUGUGAAUUUGGAUAGAAUAGAACAAAGAGGCUAUGAUUUGAAAUGCAUAUGUGCUAACCUGUUACAUGUUUGUGCCAUUUAAGACUUUCAUCAGUUGUGGCCCAUCGCGAAUGUCUUGACUCGAGCUCAGGCCAGUCCACUCAUAAAAUUGACCACGCCAUGUUCGAGAAACGCAUGGAUGAAAAAAGAUGACCGGUGUACGUUUGAGAGUGGACUAGCCCUUUUUUGGGCCCGUGCAUGUUCAUGGUCAGCGCCACCUGAUGAAUGUCCUAGAUCUCACACACAUGUAAGGUCGAAUUUCAUGCUGGAAAUAGCCUGUUCAAUCUAUCAGAGAGCCUCGGACUGCUUUCGCAUUUUCUCCUCUUGAUGUGGUGUUACAGGAGACUUGUUGGGUUUACUUGUGUUACUGUAAAUUGUAGUAAGAAUCUGCUUCUUGUU